UAAUUAGGGUAAAAAUUCUCAUCAUACAACUAAUACCACUUACAAGCUAGUCUUUAAAAUACCAAAAUCUUUAAUCCCUUUCCAAAAAAAGUGGUGAAUUUUAAAAGAAUUUCACCGUCCAUGGCAUUUCAUUUUCAUAAUUGAGAUUAUUAAAUUUGAUUAUUUCCAUUGGCUUAUUUGGCCGGUGCUCAAACUCGUCCAAGAAAACAUAAAGACCACUCUGUUCAACUCUGUUCUUUAUAAAUACAUCUUUUUCAGAUUCAAACCAUCAAAAACCCAUCUCAGUUUCAGAUCAAAGAUCCAAUCUUUCUCUUCCGACCAACCUUAAAAAUCUCAUCAAUGGCUUCCACAUCUCUUACUUUCCCUUCUUUACAACCCCAAUUCGGAUUAUCCAAAAACCCAAUCAAAACCCCCAAUCUUCACCGCCGUUUAGUUAAUUUUCCGAUCACCGCUUCAGUUUCUGAACCACCUUCUUCAAUCUCAACUCCGGCACCGGUAACAGAAUCCAAAAACCUCCCCACUAAAAAAAUCCCGGGAAACUACGGAUUCCCUCUGAUCGGUCCAAUUUUAGAUCGAUUAGACUAUUUUUACAAUCAAGGAAGAAACGAGUUUUUCAAAUCACGAGUUCAGAAAUACCAAUCGACGGUUUUCAGAACCAACAUGCCACCGGGUCCGUUCAUCGCUUCAAAUCCACGUGUCAUCGUUUUAUUAGACGGGAAGAGUUUUCCGGUACUGUUUGACGUCAGCAAAGUCGAAAAAAAGGAUCUUUUCACCGGAACUUACAUGCCCUCCACUGAACUCACCGGCGGCCACCGUAUCUUAUCGUAUUUAGACCCAUCGGAACCCAAACACGCCAAACUCAAAACCCUAAUUUUCUUCAUGCUUAAAGCUCGACGAGACAUGGUGAUUCCUGAAUUCCACAAAACUUACACUGAACUCUUCGAAACCCUAGAAACCGAUCUCGCCGCAAAAGGGAAAGUCAGUUUCGGAGAAGCUAAUGAUCAAGCGGCGUUUAAUUUCUUGGGUAGAGCUCUUUAUGGGGUUAAUCCAAACGACACCAAACUCGGAUCAGACGGUCCUAAAUUGAUUCAAAAAUGGGUCUUGUUAAAUCUUCACCCAAUUCUAGUUUUGGGUCUUCCUAAAUUGGUUGAAGAAUUAGCAAUCCAUACUUUUCGAUUACCCUCUUUUUUAGUCAAAUCCGAUUACAAAAGACUCUUCGAUUACUUCUAUGAAGCUGGAAAUUACGUUCUUGAUGAAGCUGAACAAAUGGGAAUCUCAAGAGAUGAAGCUUGUCACAAUUUAAUCUUCGCAACUUGUUUCAACACAUUUGGAGGAAUGAAAAUCCUUUUCCCAAAUAUGUUGAAAUCAAUCGGACGGUGUGGAAUCAAACUCCAUACCCAAUUAGCUGAAGAGAUCAGAAAUGUGGUCAGAUCCAACGGUGGAAAAGUAACCAUGGCUGGAAUGGAACAAAUGCCUUUAAUGAAAUCAGUUGUUUAUGAAGCUUUUAGGUUCGAACCACCUGUGCCUUUACAAUACGGUAAAGCAAAAAAAGAUCUUUUGAUCGAAAGCCAUGAUGGGGUUUUUGAGGUUAAAGAAGGUGAAAUGUUAUUUGGGUUUCAACCUUUUGCUACUAAAGAUCCGAAGAUAUUUGAUAGAGCUGAUGAGUUUGUUGCUGACCGGUUCGUCGGAGAAGAAGGAGAGAAGUUAUUGAAGUAUGUUGUUUGGUCUAAUGGACCGGAAACUGAGUCGCCGACGGUGGGGAAUAAACAGUGUGCCGGGAAAGAUUUUGUGGUGAUGUUUGCUAGGCUUUUUGUUGUUGAGUUAUUUCUUCGUUAUGAUUCGUUUGAUUGUGAUGUGGGUGUUUCGCCAUUGGGAGCUGCCAUUACUAUCACUUCUUUGAAAAGAGCAAGCUUUUAAGUUCCGGCCGGUCACUUUUCCGGUGAUAUAUAAAUAUAUAUUUUUUUAUGGUUUUUUUGAAAGGGUAAAAGUGUAAAAUUCUUUAGUGGAAUUUUUAGGGGUGGAAAAUGUGGUCCAAUAGUGGUGGACUUUUCAAUUUCAUGAUUUGGUACUUUUUUUUUUUUUUUUUUGUAAUUUUUAGUUUUUAUUUUUUAUAUAAUUAUUAUAGGUAAUCCAGUAGUGGAUAGUGAUAGUGAUGUAUCUUUCUUUUGAAAAGGACAUGUAUAAAUUCAUUUUCACGUGUAUAAAAGUAUGUUUUAUGA